AUGGCACCUGCAACCCUCAACGUCGUCCUCCGCAACGAGACCGGGGCGUCGCAGCUCUACGCCCACAUCACCGGCCGGGACGAGCACGGCAUCGUGAUGCUGUCGUCGGAUGGCAAGACGCCCCAUCAUCCCCCGAGCCCGAGCGACACCCUUCAGCCGGUGGGUGCUGACUGCGCAAUCGCCGUCGGCGCGCACGGCGCCUCGCGAACCGUGUCCAUUGGCCGCAUCUCGGGGGCGCGCAUCUGGUUCUGCAAGGACCAGCCCAUCCGCUUCUUCGUCAACCCCGGCCCGGCCCUGGUCGAGCCCUCGGCGACCAACCCCGCCGACGCCAACUACAACCUGGCCUGGGGCUUCUGCGAGCUCACCUGGAACGAGCAGCAGAUCUACGCCAACGUGUCCUUUGUCGACUUUGUCAGCCUCCCCGUGUCGAUCCAGCUCAAGACCGGGGGCGGGUCCGUCAAGACGGUCGCCGGCCUCCCCUCCGACGGGCUGGACCGCGUCUGCGACGCUCUGGCCGACCAAGCCCGGGCGGACGGGAAGGCCUGGGACAGGCUCGUCGUCAAGUCGCCCUCCGGGGCGAACAUGCGGGCCCUGAGCCCCAACUCGGGCGGCGUCCUGAGCCCCGACCUCUUCGAGGGGUACUACGCCCCGUACGUCGACGCCGUCUGGGAAAAGUACGCCUCCGAGGACCUGACGGUCAACACGCAGUUCCGCUGGGGCGACGCGGUCGGCAGGGUGGGCAAGGACGGCAAGCUCGCCUUUGACGGCGUCGGCUCCUUCGACAAGCCCGCGGCCUCGGACGUCUUCAGCUGCAGCACCGGGCCCUUUGCGGCCGGCCCGGGCGUGUCCGAGGAGAUGCUCAACCUGGGGGCGCGCAUCGCGGCGGCCCUCAACAGGUCCACGCUGCUCGCCAACAGCCGCCAGCCAGAGGGGGAGACGCUCGGCUCGUACUACAAGGACGCCGUGACGAACCACUACUCGCGCAUAUGCCACCUCGUCAGCGUCCAGGGGCGAGGCUACGCCUUUCCCUAUGACGACGUCGGCCCGUCGUCGGGCGAGGACCAGUCUGGCUUUGUGAACGACCCCGAUCCGCAGGAGCUGACGGUUUGUGUUGGCAGGCCGUUGUCCGACUAG